AUGCCGGGCCCGCUAAUGAUGGCGCAAGCCGCGUCCGCAGCCUGGAAAACCGUCCCCGAAGGCUUCACGCUCGACUCGCUUUCAACGCACUUCAUGCUCGCCCCCAACCCGGCCGUCCCCUUAGUAUACAGGGUCCAACGCAUAGGGAACGGCCGCCGGUUCGCCGUCAGACAAGUCACCAUCACGCAAGCCGACGGCGAGAAGGUGUUCGUGGCCGUCACGACCACGUUUGUGAACGGCGCGCCGUGGUCCGGCCGCGCCAUGACGCACACGGCGCCAAUGCAGACGGCCCGGCACGGCGAGCGGAGCGGGUGGAAGAUCACGCUCGACGACUUCGAGGACAUGCGUACGGAGAGAGGGCCGUUUAUGAAGUUUGAGCGUUUGCCGCUUGUGCACCAGGGUGGGUCGCUCCAGAAGACCCAUGGAAUUCUGUCCAAUGUUCGCUGCUCAUGCGUUUGUUGUUUGACGUCCCUAGAUCCCAAAAACCCCGCGACGACGAUAGCCCCCGUGGUGGCGCAGAUCGAUCCGCCCAUAGCAGCCCCCAGAGGGGCAGCGGCACAUAUCCUUGCCGUGGUGCACGCGUCCGAUUACCACGUCAUGGACUGUCCGCUGUCCAUCCACGGCGUACCGCACGGGCUUUGGCCCAUCGGGGAUGUGACCAAGACGGCGCUACCAGCCAGUCUAAAAAUCAUGACGAGUCUGAAUCACUCUAUCCACUUCCAUACGCAUGAUGGCUUCCGCGCCGACGAGCUCCUCUAUAUCGAGGUGACGUCUCCGUGGGCGAAGGAUGGCCGGGCGAUGAUCAACUCGAGGAUUUUUAGUAGACAGGGUCUGUUGAUCGCCACGGUGGUUCAGGAAGCAUUUUAUGUCUUCAAAGAGAGUGCUAAGCUUUGA